AAGUCUGUGGUUAAAAUUGGAACUUCACUAAAAUAUAAGAAAAACCCUAGAAAGCUAGCCGUGUAUAAAUACCACAAAACCCUAAUUCGUGUCUUUGUUGUUGUUCCCUUUAGCAGUCGAAGAUGUCGAAGCGAGGACGCGGAGGAUCAGCUGGUAACAAGUUCAGGAUGUCACUGGGUUUGCCGGUGGCAGCAACUGUGAACUGUGCUGAUAACACUGGUGCAAAGAACCUUUACAUCAUUUCAGUGAAGGGAAUCAAGGGUCGGCUCAACAGGUUGCCAUCUGCUUGUGUUGGAGACAUGGUGAUGGCCACUGUGAAGAAGGGAAAGCCUGAUCUCAGGAAGAAGGUUAUGCCCGCUGUCAUUGUGAGGCAGCGCAAACCCUGGCGCAGAAAGGAUGGUGUCUACAUGUACUUUGAAGAUAAUGCUGGUGUUAUUGUGAAUCCAAAGGGAGAGAUGAAAGGUUCCGCAAUCACUGGUCCGAUUGGUAAGGAGUGUGCUGAUCUUUGGCCUAGGAUUGCAAGUGCAGCCAAUGCCAUUGUUUAAGAGCUCUACAUUUAGAUCUUCUACAUUUAUCUGCCUUUUAGACGGUUUUUCAAGUAUUGUGAUAGGAGUAAAGCUGUUUUGUCUUGACGAAGACAAGAAUUUUGUUAUUUGGAUUUCAGAUGUGUUAUGAAGUUUUUGUUGGAUAGUGAUAUAAUUUCGAUGUUAUUUGUUUUGCCAAA